CUAAUGCACUAAAUGAUGGACGCCAACCGCCACAAAACCGAAGAAGAAGCAACAGCACUAGCAAUGGAGAAGUCUGGGGAGAGAAUUUGGAGGACCCCUAGGGCCUGCAGUGACUACUGGAGUGAAUAUAGACACUGUAAAAGCUUGCGGAAUCGUUUUCAUCAAUACUACACUUAUGGGACAUCCCCAUCCUGCAAGCAGUGGGAAGAGGACUACUACAACUGCACAAUGUGGGAGAAAAACAAAGGCACUGAGGCUAAGGAAGCGCUGCUGAGGAGUGAAGGGAACAGAGUGUCAGAGCAGAGGAAGUUCACCCCAGUAUGGGAACUGAGACAGCAGCCACCCAGCGACUGGCACUUGCCCCUCAACCAAGGAAAACCUCAGGACUCUUGAACUCUAAACAUGAAAACUGUGCCAACUAUAUAUUGUACUGUAUAUCACAACAAAGGAGUGACGUGUGCUUGAUUGGUCAACACUAUUCCUCAUUGGGCCACUGUGUGAAUUGAAGUGGCUGAAUGCAUUUUUGAGUCGUGGAUUCCUAUAAAGCAGCUACACAGGAUAACCUGCAUAGAAAGCUUUUUAAAUCUUCCAGAUUCUGCACCUCUUUCUGCAGCCUUUCCAUGGAUCUCCCGCUUCCCACCCAAAUGGUCUGUUUAGUUUAUUUAAUCCACAGCCCGCCUCCAGACACGGCCACUCCAAUGUGAUUGGUCAGAUUCCCCCAAGCGCCUCCAAUGACCUCUGGAUAUGUAGGUCCACGUUUACAGCGUGCAGGUCACUUUUAAGUAGUAUACUACAGUAGAUUUACAGCAAUUAGCUACUUUUAGUAUGGGAAUUUUUUACUAUGCUGGGUGCAAACUGAGAAGCAAAGAGUAGCAUAAUGUACUGUAUUCGUAUUAUUUUGUGUAACAAGAUUAUCUUCGAACCUUGCAUUUUCUGGAGUUAUCAAAACUGUGAUUGAUAUAAAGAUAACAUUUCAUCACAAUGGUUCUGUUCUCCAUGAUUAAUAUUUGGAACAAAUCCGAUUAUACAGUACACAUUACACAGUACACAAUUUCUGAUUAAACAUG